AUGGAUGGAGGUAUGCAUGAGCUCGCGUCACGAAUACACUGUAACGACCAACCACCAGAUGAUGGUGAAGUCGUUAAUGAAGAUGCCGCCACUGCCGCCUCCAUUAUUGGACGACGAGCUCGAACAGGAUCUUCUGCUAAUGCCAGCCUGGAAACAGACAAAUGGACAGGAGAUUGUAUACGUGGUAGGGUGAGAUUUAAAUUCGAAAGCAAAUAG